CAAGUGGAACUGGAGGAAAUGUCAUCAUUGGUAAAGGAGGACUUGGAGAAGAAACUGUUUAAGCCACUCUCGCAGAAUCUGUACGAGUUUAUUGAAAUAGAGUUCUCCGUCCAGGACAGGUAUUACCUCUGUGUGUCAGUGACCAAAAAGGAAGAAGUAAAAAUAAUCAUGGUGAAACACUACAGAAUAGGUUUAGAUGAAAAAUAUGAAGUAACAAAAAAGUGGUCUUUGAACGAUCUGCAGAUGAUUGAUGGAAAAGAAGCAGAUACUGACAAUCCAUUUUUUGAUCUGCACUUCAAGAAAGUGUACAGUUUGGAAGCAUAUAGCUGUGCUUCUAAAUAUGCCUUUGCUCGAACUGUAAAUAAGCUGAAUCAUGCAUAUCUUAAGAAAGACUUACAGAUCGUGAACUUUGAUUCUACAUACAUUAAUGAUGAUUCCAUUUGGUCCUCCAACAAUAAGGAUUGUUUGGUCCUUAUGAGAAUAUGCUUUUAUGCUUUCAAUCUUGUGUGCUUGUCCCUAUGUCCCUUGCCACUCUGAAGCUGUGUACCACGUUCCUUCAUCAGUGACCUAUGAAAAUCGUUUCCCAAGUAAAUACUGAUUGUCAUAAUUUUGUUUUUCCUUCAUCAGUGAUUAUUAUAAUUUAAAUAAAAAUAAAGUAAUGCUUUGUGAAUUGCAGUGAAAUGCAUUUUAAUGUAAUAGUUCAACAUUCAAGACUUCUUGCCAAUGUGAUCCUUGGUAACUUUGGCAGGAACUGGGU